AUGUUCGGCUGGUUGCACAAGCUCCAUAACUCUGACGACGAGAACGCGUAUGAGCAGGUUAUCAAUGCCGACCCCGAAAUCCCAGAGCACAAGGCGAAGCUGUCGCACGAGCUAAUUGCGGCUGCAGCUGCAUACGAGGUUAUUUUCACUCCCUCGUUUUUGUUUGGCGAUGAUGACCGUCUAUUUCAGGCUGCGAAGAAGUACGAAGAGCAUUGCGCUGCCAAUGGAAAGCCGGACAGCCAUGCCAAAGCCAAAGAGCUGAUUGCUGCAUUCAGCGCGGCAUUUGUUGAUCGCAUGGUUGAGACGAAGGGUCUCGACGAAAUCGACCGAGAAAAGGCGAAGCACGAUGCUGCGAAACGGGCCCACGAGCAAGCAUCAGAGAUCUUGAUCGCUGAGUAUAGUUAG